CUCUGACAAACCCCUGAUAAGAUGGACGGUUGAGAUGCAACUAGUCCAUGGCCACAAGAUAAAGUUAAUUUCCACAAUAUCACUGAAUUCUCCAUUUUUCUAUCCACAAGCGCCAGUCCUCGGCUUUCAACAGUAGCAAGAAGCAGAUAAAAUGGCGGCUGCUGCAUCAAUGAGUUUCAACCUGGUGGGAGCAUUCAGAGGAAUGUCUAUAAGCUCAAGCUCUUCAUCGUCUUUCUUCAAAGGUGGGGAUUUGGGUUCGUUAGCUGCGACUCCAAAGCCAUUUCUUUACAACCCACAGAGGUUCCCGUUGAUCAUUGAGAAUGCCCACAAGAAAGGAGCCGGAAGUACCAAGAACGGUCGCGAUUCCAGAGGCAAAAGGCUCGGCGUCAAGAUUUUCGGUGACCAGGUCGCCAAGCCCGGCUCCAUCAUCGUUCGUCAGCGAGGCACCAAGUUUCAUGCAGGGAAGAAUGUUGGCCUUGGCAAGGACCACACUAUCUUCUCUUUGAUUGAUGGGCUAGUAAAAUUUGAGAAGUUUGGGCCAGACAAGAAGAAGGUGAGUGUUUACCCACGAGUAGUACAACCUGAGAACCCCAACAGCUAUAAGGCAAGGAAGAGAGAGUACUUCAGGUUGCAAAGGGAGCGAAAGAAGGCGAGAAAGGAAGGCAUUAUUUCUCCACCCGAACCACAGCUGGUUCUUGCUUCUGCUGAUGACACUGUUGCUACCAAUCCAGUUUGCUGAUCUUCUUACAACCUUUACAUUGUAGUGUGGCUUUAGCCGACAUUUUUAUCAUUUUUUGUGUAUAACAUCCUAUGGAUCUCAACUGAGAAAUCUUAAUUCUGUCGCAUCAAUUCUGCAUAUUCUUAUUAA